GCAGCGGGAGAAGAGGUGGGGGCGGAGAUGUGCUGCUGCUCUUAGCUGGAGAGGGGGAGAAGCCUGAGGCCUGCAAGCAGCUCUGCCCAUUGCUUGUUUUUAUAGGAAUUUCAGGGUAAAAAUCCUCCCCAGGAACAUGGGUACCUUGCAGGAGCACAUCAAAAACUACCGGACAGCGCCCUUUGAUGCUCGAUUCCCCAACACCAACCAGACGCGUAACUGUUACCAGAAUUAUCUGGAUUUCUACCGAUGUCAGAAGGCUCUCGAAGUUCGUGGCAAAGAUAUGUCGCUGUGCAACUGGUACCAGAAGGUCUACAAAUCCCUUUGCCCAUUGUCUUGGGUCAGCAGGUGGGAUGACCAACGUGAAGCUGGGACCUUCGCCGGCAAGAUUUAGCCCAGCAGAUUCUCCAUCAUCGGCGUUGCAUGGCUCAACAACUCUGUCCCCCUCCCCCUCCCCGCUCCCUCCCACUGGGUUUGUGCUUCGGAGAGAUGGGGAAGUUUAACAUCGCAGCCUCUCCCUCCCUCACUGAUCCGGGCUGAGUUGAAAUUCGCUGCUUUGUAAAAUUGUGAAUCUUUGUCUGUUACAGUCUUAAAAUAAAGGCUUCACCAGCCCCUUCUACAGUGAA